AAAAUUCACUAUAAAUGUUGCUAAGCUUUUCUAAUCAGAAUUGAGCAAUAAUGUAAAUGGCAAUCAGGAAUUGAAAAUGGAGCUUCUCUACAAUGUUGCAAAGCUUGUGCAAUCAGUGGGGUAUUUACAGUUAAAUUAAAUUUAAUGGCUAUUGUGAGGCUUGAACUUAAAAACAAAGUUGCAGAGCUUUUGAGAAAAGAUUAGUCGAAAGAGUUACUUCAAGAUGCUGACCUUGACAUUGGCAUAGCAGCUGGUUUACCACCAUGGAACUUGAUACAUAUAGUUUGGUAUAUAGUAUGGAACAGAAUGUUCACUCUAACGAGGCAAUUAAUAAAACAUAGGCAAUUAAUUAAAUUAAAUCGUUAGGCAAGAGCCGGCGAUAACCUUUCGCAUCGAUUGGAGCUUAAAGCGUGAGAGAAUCUGCGAGUCGAGAGCAAAAAAGGCGGAGAGCGGGAGACAUGGGCGGCUGUUACGGGGGGUUACGCCCCACAUGCCCCCGAAAAUGUAUUUUUAAAAUAACAUAUUCUAUUAGCUAUUUGUAAGGCCAAGAAUAUGCGAAGCUAAACUAAAAGCUAAUAAGUACAUACGGCAAAUACUUUGUGUUUUGUGUUGGAAUUCAAAGGUUUGACAUAAGUAUGUGUUUUACCCCCCUUUGGGAAAGUGGUUUUCGCCUACGCUCCUGGCCAUGAAAACACCAAGCUUUAGUCAGCUGUGAAAAAGCUGCCAAAUCAGGUAAAAGCCAAAGCGAGUUACUGAAGAGAGAGAGCCAACUGUUGCCGCCACAGUGAGUGGGAAAUUAGAAAGUAAUUUAGUCUGGUAAUUGAAUCAUGGACCUGAAACAACGCACAUAUCUCCUGGUGACCGGAGCCUCCCGUGGAAUUGGCCGCGAGUUCGCCCAGCAGCUGGCCAAGCGGUUUAGGGCCGAGGGCUCCGUGGUGACGCUGCUGGGACGCAAUCAGGCACUCUUGGAGGAGACCAAGGCGGAGAUUGUGGCCACAGUACCAAGUCUGCCCGUGCACACCUACUCGCUGGAGCUGGAAAUGGCCAAAGCGGAGGACUUCAGCAAGAUUCUGGAGGCUACCGGCGGCGGAAGCAGCAGUUUCGAGCGAGCCAUUGUCAUCCAUAAUGCCGGCACAGUGGGCGACACGUCCAAGAGGGCCAAGGAGAUCGGGGAUACGGACUACCUGCAGAGCUAUUACCACUCAAAUGUCUUCUCUGCCAUUUCGCUGAACUGCGAAUUCAUGCGCGUCUUUCAGGCAAUCCCCAAGUUGGUGGUCAAUCUCAGCACCUUGGCAGCCAUUGCUCCCAUAUCCUCGAUGGCUCACUACUGCACAGUGAAAGCAGCCCGUGAGAUGUACUUUCGGGUGCUGGCCACCGAGGAGUCCGCCGACGACACUCUGGUGCUCAACUACGCGCCCGGUGUCAUUGACACCCAGAUGACCGUUCAGGUGCAGCGAGAGGCACACGAUCCCGCCGUGGUUGCCAUGUUUCGGGAGCAAAGGGAAUCCAAGACCAUGCUGACACCCGGCCAGACGACGGAGCGGUUCAUCAAGGUCCUGGAGGCGUUCAAGUUCAAGUCCGGCGAUCAUGUGGACUACAGGGAUGAGAAGUUCUAGCUUGUUAAUCAGUAUGUUAUUAUCUGUGGUAAUGGGGCUUAUGUAUUAAAACAUUCAAAUGGUAAAACAAUUAAA